CUCGCCACCCACGCCCGCCCCCGGCCGCCGGCUCUUUGCUGGCGCGGCCGCCACCGCCGCCGCAGUCGAGCACGGGCGCCCCAGCAGCAUCCACCGGCCGCCUGGGUCCGAGCCCGCCGCCCGCCAUGGAGCCGGAAGCCCCCCGCCGCCGCCACACGCACCAGCGCGGCUACGCCGUGACGCGGAGCCCCCACCUCAACAAGGACUUAGCUUUCACCCUGGAGGAGAGACAGCAGUUGAACAUUCAUGGGUUGUUGCCGCCUUCCUUCAUCAGUCAAGAUAUCCAGGUCCUUAGAGUCAUUAAGAAUGUGGAACGUCUGAACUCGGACUUUGACAGGUAUCUUCUCUUAAUGGAUCUUCAAGAUACAAAUGAAAAGCUCUUUUACAGAGUGCUAAUGUCUGACAUUGAGAAAUUCAUGCCUAUCGUUUAUACCCCCACCGUGGGUCUGGCUUGCCAGCAAUAUAGUUUAGUAUUUCGGAAGCCCAGAGGUCUCUUUAUUAGUAUCCAUGAUCGCGGGCAUAUUACUUCAAUUCUUAAUGCAUGGCCAGAAGAUGUCAUCAAGGCUAUUGUGGUGACGGAUGGAGAGCGCAUUCUUGGCUUGGGGGACCUUGGCUGUAAUGGAAUGGGCAUCCCUGUGGGUAAACUGGCUCUGUACACAGCUUGUGGCGGGAUGAAUCCUCAAGAAUGUCUGCCUAUCAUUCUGGAUGUGGGAACGGAAAAUGAGGAGUUACUUAAAGAUCCAUUGUACAUUGGACUACGGCAGAGAAGAGUGAGAGGUGCUGAAUAUGAUGGGUUUUUGGAUGAAUUCAUGGAGGCCGUUUCUUCCAAGUAUGGCAUGAAUUGCCUUAUUCAGUUUGAAGACUUUGCCAAUAUAAAUGCAUUUCGUCUCCUGAACAAGUAUCAAAACCAGUAUUGCACAUUCAAUGAUGAUAUACAAGGAACAGCAUCCGUUGCCGUCGCCGGCAUCCUUGCAGCUCUUCGAAUAACCAAGAACACACUGUCUGAUCAAACGAUACUGUUCCAAGGAGCUGGAGAGGCUGCCUUAGGUAUUGCACACCUGAUUGUUAUGGCCAUGGAAAAAGAAGGCUUACCAAAGGAGAAAGCGAUAACAAAGAUAUGGUUGGUUGAUUCAAAAGGAUUAAUAGUUAAGGGACGUGCUGCCCUAACACGAGAGAAAGAGGAAUUUGCCCAUGAACAUGAAGAAAUGAAGAACCUAGAAGCCAUUGUUCAAGAAAUAAAACCAACCGUCCUCAUAGGAGUUGCUGCAAUUGGUGGUGCAUUCUCAGAACAAAUUCUCAAAGAUAUGGCUGCCUUCAAUGAACGGCCUAUUAUUUUUGCUUUGAGUAAUCCAACUAGCAAAGCAGAAUGUACUGCAGAGCAGUGCUAUAAACUAACCCAGGGGCGUGCAAUUUUUGCCAGUGGCAGUCCUUUCGAUCCAGUCACUCUUCCAAGUGGACAGACCCUAUAUCCUGGCCAAGGCAACAAUUCCUACGUGUUUCCUGGAGUUGCUCUUGGUGUUGUAGCAUGUGGAUUGAGGCAUAUCACGGAUAAGAUUUUUCUCACUACUGCUGAGGUUAUAGCUCAGCAGGUGUCAGAUAAGCACUUGGAAGAGGGCCGGCUUUAUCCUCCUUUGAACACCAUCAGAGAUGUUUCUCUGAAAAUCGCAGAAAAGAUUGUGAAAGAUGCAUACCAAGAAAGGACAGCCACAGUUUAUCCUGAGCCCCCAAACAAGGAAGCAUUUGUCCGCUCGCAGAUGUAUAGCGCUGAUUAUGACCAGAUUCUUCCUGAUUGCUAUUCUUGGCCUGAAGAGGCCCAGAAAAUACAGACCAAACUUGACCAGUAGCAUAAUAGCUGACAUUUCUUAACUCCAUAAGGAGAUCUUGAAGUCUUUCAUAAUUUUUAAAGACUGGAAUCUUUUAUAAUGAUUCAUAAUAUACUAGACUAGGAUAAUUUUACUUUAACAAUCUAAAGAUUUAUGGAAAAAUAUUAAUAUACUUCAGGGUGAACUUCUCAGUAGACAAUUUUGCUUCAUUUACUUUCUGGUUAUUUAUGGUUUCUAUCUUAAUUAUUUUGCCCAAGUUCUAUUUAAAAGCUACUUGUACCAACUACUGAGAAACUCGUUGUUUUUCUAUGAAACUAAUGGGAAGACCAAAAUUAGUAAUAAAUUGAUAUGAUCAACAUUAAAACCCCUAA